UACGUUGGGGUAAUGAUGGACUUCUCUAAUACGCCCCUUUACCUCAGUAAAUUUGACCAACUCGUUCCAGAAUACACAUCGCGGUUCUUCCCGUUUUGGGGAUCCUUCUUGAAUAUUCCCCAUGGCUCUUCAUUGCUUAUUUACGUCCAUUUCCUGUUGAAAACAAUUAAAAAUACCAACUCAAUUUUUAUUUCCACUGGGCCGCCAUCUUGCUCAAGCUUUGCGCGCCUGCGAUCGACUGUUUAUGAUCAGCGUACUCCACCAUUGGGCUUCGUGGCACAAAAUGGCGGCGUCGAGGGAAGCAACGAAAAUGGGCUGAAAAAGCUCACUCAGAAUACGCUAUUUCCGGAAAAGAUGGGCGCUAGACCUUCCUCCAUCAGCGACCUACAACACAACGCUGUAUUGAAGAAACUUACCGGCGAGCUAAGCGUUGGAGAUGAUGAGGAGUUUUGGGACGAGCUGUUGUCAUUUUCGUUCCGCGUUCCGUACAACAGUGCUGAUGCAAGAUUACUGGAGGAAGCGACAGAACCAAUAUGUCAGCAUUUAGCCCAAAAUAACUUGACAUCUAAGAACUUCAUCUUUCUUGUGCGAGUGCUUUUAUCAAGAAUUUCUGAACUGAAGAACUCAGACAAAGCUGAAGAUUCAGACUUCUUAGUGCAAUUAUACAAUGCUCUCUUGCUCAAACGGAGCUUCUGUAAAUAUUUUGUUGAGAUGCUGCCAUGUGAAGAUGUAAUCCUUCACUUUGGUGGCUCUCUCUCACAAUCCAUACAUAGUGAGACAGGGAGAGAAGUCAUCACUUGUACAGAUUGUGGUAUUACUGAGGAUGCCAUAUGUGGCUUGUUUGACAUUCUAAUCAGCAUCCCUGUAAACAAUCAGACAUACGCCCUCCAUGUAGAGACUAUGAACUGUGUGCUUGUACUGCUUGCAGUGCAAAUGUUUGAUCCCAAUGCAUCUAGCAACAGUAUAUUCUACCACACCAUCAUGAGGGGGAAAUGUGCCAAGAUGUCUGGGAAUAUUGUGCAUUCAUUACUACAGAACUUUAUACAGCAGAUGCCCACCCCAGCAGGUCUUACCUCAAGUGGAGGCACCGGGUGGUUCUCUGGUUUUUGGUGGUUGUUUGGAAGCCAGAGCACAGAGGAGGAAUCAGAUCCACUACUAGCCAAUCAGAGCUUGCUAUUACUCUUAGUGCUUGUCAAUCAUUGUACACAAAGCAAGAAAAAGAUGAACCCUUACCGUCUCGCCUUGUUCUCAUUUGCUGAUAGACAGGCUAAAGCAAGUGGAGGUAAAUCUCCAGAUGAGAAGAGACGUGCAGAUCCGCCAUUUUGUAUAAACCUUGGAUUGCUCUACACAACUAUAUGCAAGGGUCUUAUUAAGGACCAAACCACCUUGCUGCUCUACCUGAUAUUACACAGAAAUCCUAAUGUAUCUUCAUUUAUACUAUCCCGUACUGAUAUUGACACACUAGUAAUACCUAUACUAAAGCUGCUGUACAAUGCUGAGGAGCAGAACGCCCACCAUAUCUACAUGUCCCUCAUCAUCCUACUCAUCCUUAGCCAGGACGAGAACUUCAACAAAUCUGUCCAUGAACUGGUUAUCUCAAAUAUUCCAUGGUACACAGAGAGAGUUAUCACAAACAUCACCCUGGGGGGACUCCUUGUGCUUGUUGUGCUGCGAACCAUACAGUAUAACAUGACAAAGAUGAGGGACAAGUAUCUGCACACCAACUGCCUUGCCACUCUCGCUAACAUGUCAUCUCAGUUUCACGCACUCCACCCUUAUGUCACACAACGAAUCGUCAGUUUGUAUGCCUUGCUGUCGAAAAAGCAUGCCAAGGUGACGGAACACAUCAAGCAACUUGAGACCACUCCCCUAGUGACAGAGAACGGCGGACCGGACCAUGCAGCAGGCUCACAUGAUGCGGACUCCGAACAUUAUAUGGCGGACUUGGCUAUCCUGGAGGAGGUGCUCCGUAUGGUUUUGGAGAUCAUUAACUCGUGCGUCACCAACACCCUGCACCACAACCCCAACCUGGUCUACACCCUGCUGCACCGGCGAGAGCUGUUCGCGCAGUUCCGCACGCACCCUACCUUCCAAGACAUCAUACAAAAUAUAGACACGGUCCUGGCGUUUUUCAGCGCGCGUUUGGAGCAGCAUCCGGACCAGACUUUGUCUGUUGGAGUAGUCUUAGACGUCAUCAAACAGGGAACGCUCCAGUGGCCUAAAGACAGAUUAAAGAAGUUCCCCGAGCUGAAGUUCAAGUAUGUGGAGGAGGAGCAACCAGAGGAGUUCUUCAUCCCCUACGUCUGGUCACUAGUGUACAAGUCAUCAACCCUUUACUGGAACAAAGAUCAUAUCAUGCUCUUCCAGCCAGAUUCCUGACCUAGAUCAACCCUUUACUGGAACAAAGACAAUGUCGUCUCUUCCAGCCAGAUUCCUGACCUAGAUCAACCCUGUUCUGGAACAAAGACAAUGUCGUCUCUUCCAGCCAGAUUCCUGACCUAGAUCAACCCUGUUCUGGAACAAAGACCAUGUCGUCUCUUCCAGCCAGAUUCCUGACCUAGAUCAACCCUGUACUGGAACAAAGACCAUGCCGUCUCUUCCAGCCAGAUUCCUGACCUAGAUCAACCCUGCUCUGGAACAAAGACCAUGUCGUCUCUUCCAGCCAGAUUCUGACCUAGAUCAACCCUGUACUGGAACAAAGACAAUGGGACUCUUGACCUAGACCAUUUUCGCGUCAUCGGCCAGCCUUACGCGUCAAAACGAAACCCGCCCACUGAACUCUCAGAAUGGUGCUACGCCAUAUUAAAAUAUUGUUCCAAAAGCUCUAGUGGAACCCUUUAAGGGAAAAAAAGAACACAUUUACAGUAGGAAUGAGUCAUUAGGAAACUUGAAGUCAGUUCGAGUUAUCGGCCAUAAUAAUAGGCUUACAGAUUAUACGACUGGACUCAAGGAAAAAGUUUAACGUGUCGGACAAACGACAUACAUUUAUAAAAUUGUUUAUGAAAAGAAUAAUGGAAAAAUUGUCUCAUAUCCUUUAUGUCUUAAGAAUAUUAGAUUAUUAGGUAAUAUAGGUGAUGUUGCUUGUGAUUAUAACCCUUUUUGUAAAGUUAUGCGAUUGUAAUAUUUCGAGAAUUCUCAGUCAAUUUUAUAUAUGGAAAUAACAUAGAUAUGUUAAGUAAUAAAAAAUGUAUUGCGAAUA